CUGGGCAUGAAGCCCAGGACUCAAAGGGAGGCUCUAGAGAACAUCUGGUCCACUUGAUAUAUAGAAGCCAGCACUGCAUGUGUGUAUUUGUGUGUAUGUGUUUUUCCUAUGCUGACUCAUGGCAUUGAAGCCUUUCUGGAAACACCCCCACUUUUGUAGCCAGCCAGUUUAUACACACCCCUUCAGCUCCUCCUUGUUUCAAAUGUUAAGUCAAGAGGAAGAAGGAAAAUAAAUUCAAGAGCUGCUCUCAAGCAUCUAGAAUUCUCUGCACCCCACCUCUUCAGAAGAGAGACUGGCCCCAGCUCUGACUCAGUCUACUACAAACUGGACUCUCCUCUUAAAGCACCAACUUUAUCUCAGCCUUUGGACAAAACUGGAAGAAAAGAGUCCACAAGUACUUUGGACUCUGCAGGAAGCAGGGGGCUGACAACUGGCAGUAAAAACAGAAAGAUGGCAGACCCUGAAAUCGAGCUUUUCGUGAAGGCUGGAAGUGAUGGGGAGAGUAUUGGAAACUGUCCCUUUUGCCAACGCCUUUUUAUGAUCCUCUGGCUUAAAGGAGUUAAAUUCAAUGUAACUACUGUUGACAUGACCAGAAAGCCUGAAGAGCUGAAAGACUUAGCCCCAGGCACCAAUCCUCCCUUCCUGGUGUAUAACAAGGAGUUGAAAACAGACUUCAUUAAAAUUGAGGAGUUUCUAGAGCAGACACUGGCUCCUCCAAGGUAUCCUCACCUGAGUCCCAAGAACAAGGAGUCCUUUGAUGUGGGCUGUAACCUCUUUGCCAAGUUUUCUGCAUACAUUAAGAAUACACAAAAAGAAGCAAAUAAGAAUUUUGAAAAAUCUCUGCUCAGAGAAUUUAAACGUCUGGAUGACUACUUAAACACCCCGCUUCUGGAUGAAAUUGAUCCAGACAGUGCUGAGGAACUCACAGUUUCCAGAAGAUUGUUCUUGGAUGGGGACCAGCUGACACUGGCUGACUGCAGCUUGUUACCCAAACUGAACAUUAUUAAAGAAAAAAAAUCCACAGUGAUCUCCUCUGGGAACCAUAAAAAUUUGUUUCUUUCUUCCCAAAUCAGAAGGUUGCUGCCAAGAAAUACCGUGACUUUGACAUUCCAGCAGAAUUCUCAGGAGUCUGGCGCUAUCUUCACAAUGCCUAUGCCCGUGAAGAAUUUAUCCACACAUGUCCUGAAGACAAAGAAAUUGAAAAUACCUACGCAAGUGUGGCUAAACAGAAGAGUUAAGGCAACUCUUUCAGUAGAAAAAGCCCUCUUUUCACUUGUCAUAUUAUAAAGGUUUCUGGAAAUAAGAAUAUGGAAAAUACUGUUUCCUCUAUCCAACUCUCAUGAAAAGAAUGCUGUAUUUUCUGUAUCUGGCCAGUCCAAACUAUCUUCCCACUAUGUAUUUUAAGGUUCUUUAUAUUUUCACCUACUUUUCUUUAUUUCUAUGGCAUAAGCACUGCAAUAUUAAAUGACACGGAAAGCAUCAA